AUGGCCUGGACAGCCGUCCUCUCCCCAUUAUCAUGGUUCCGCCGACCAGCGAAAACAGAUUACGAGGAGGUCCUGGCCGAUCUGGCUGCAGAGAUUGAGGUGACCCAGACGAACCUGGUGCAGAUACGGGCCAGGACACGGAGAGCCUCGUUGAUUCUGCCAUUUUGGGCUAGUCUCAUUUGGCUUAUAUGGACGGUUGGGUGCUACUGGCUCGGGCUGUUGACGGGGGAGGAGGCGAUGGGGAAAGAUGCAUGGCUUGUUUGGUGGCCGAUUGUCGCUACGCCGAUACUUGUCUUCUUCGCGCGAAGAAUCGUCAAAUGGUGGUACAGAAGAGUUGGCGCAGCAGAAGACAAACACCUCAAGGAACUCCAUCGGCAACGCAGAGAGAAGGUGGAAGAAAUCAAGCGUGCAACACGAUACGAUCACCUGAGAAAGCUGCUCGAGAAGUACGACGACGAGGGCAAGGCGGCAGGACGAGGGCAGCAGACCGGCAAACAGACCGCUCAACAGAAGCCAGCGCAGCAGACAGCGGGUCAGCAGCAGCAACCGCGACCCCCACAAGGAUCUCAGGCGAUGCCCAUGACCCCAGGAAGAGGCACGAUGCCGCCCAUGGCAGCAGGCGGUCAGCCGCCGCUACCCUCAGGCAUGCGAGGUGCGGCUCCCCCACAGCAAUUCGUGCGCCCACCGCCUCCGGCAGCACCAGUACAGCGCACCUGGCUGGAUCGUGUGGCCGAUGCAGUCCUGGGCGCAGAUGCAGGGAGCUCCACGUUGGGCCCGGAGCAGAAGUACGCCCUUAUCUGCUCGCAGUGCAAGCGACACAAUGGGCUGGCGACGAGGGAUGAGUUUGAUGAGAUUCAGUAUAUCUGCCCACACUGCGGUUCCUUCGAAUCACGGCGUCCCUCCUCCACGCCCAUCUCGGGCUCUCCCUUCCGGCCACAAAGAGCCAUCGCAACACCUCAGAUGACACAGAGCAAGGGAGGCAGCAGCUCCCUAGCCGCGCCGCAGAGGAGGACGAAUGAUCUUGGAGACGUCAGCACAGACUCGCCGCCGCCUGCCUCUCCUCUUGCAGGAGGGGGCCACUCAGACGAGGAAGCGGAGGCAGAGCGAGAAGUGGUGGAGGGCAAGGCUGGAGAGGAGGAUUUGGCGGAGGGUCAACAGAGGUCAAGGGGGUUGAGCAAAAGGGUGACAAGGAGUAGCUCAGGGCAGGGAAUGGAGGUGGAUUGA